AUGGAUAAGGCCUCGAAAAAGCGAAAGGCAGUUACCCGGGAUGUGGAGGAAGAGGCGGGUGUUUUUUCAGGUGACGAGCUAGGCCAGGAAAACCUGGACGGAGCUCUGUCGGACAACGCCAACGAGCUGUCGGAGAGCGAGGACGAUAACAGCGACUCGGAAGUCGAGCUGGUUGACGACUUCAGUGACGAUGAGGAGGAAGAUGAAGAGGAAUUGAACAGCGACGAGAUUUCAUCUGACGGAGAGGACGACAAAAAGCCCGCUACGGCCAACGAGACUGACGAGUCCAACUAUCGCAUUGUGAAGGAUGCCAAUGGGAACGACCGCUAUCUUUGGGAUGAGAUCAACCCGGACGAUAAUUCGGAGUACUCCGAGGCUGACGAGAAUGCCAACACCAUUGGCGAUAUUCCGCUGUCAUUCUACGAUCAAUAUCCCCACAUUGGUUACAAUAUCAAUGGCAAGAAAAUCAUGCGCCCUGCCAAGGGUGAGGCUUUGGAUGCAUUGCUGGACAGCAUUGAAAUCCCCAAGGGAUGGACUGGUCUUACCGACCCCUCCACUGGCAAGCCGCUGGAGCUGAGCCAGGAUGAAUUGGAACUCCUUCGCAAGGUACAGAUGAAUGAAGUUCCCGGCGAGGGCUACGAUCAAUAUGAGCCUACGGUGGAAUGGUUCACUAGCCAGCAGGAGAUCAUGCCCCUUAGCGCAGCCCCGGAGCCGAAGCGUCGGUUCGUGCCGUCCAAGCAUGAGGCCAAGCGGGUGAUGAAGAUCGCGAAGGCCAUCCGCGACGGCCGCAUUCUGCCCUACCAGCCGCCUGAGGAACAGGAACAGAAGGAUGAUGACCUCAUCAACUACGACCUAUGGGCUGACGAAGCCGAAAGACCCGAUCACCCGAUGCACGUUCCGGCUCCCAAAUUGCCACCUCCUGGCUACGAGGAGAGCUAUCAUCCACCCCCCGAGUACUUGCCCAGUCAGAAGGAACGCAAGGAAUGGGAUCAAACCGACCCCGAGGACCGCGAGCAAGAUUAUUUGGCUAAUGACUUUGGCUCACUCCGCAAAGUUCCUGGUUACGAGAACUUUGUCAAGGAAAAGUUCGAGCGUUGCCUGGAUCUUUACCUUGCUCCCAGAGUUCGGCGGAGCAAGCUGAACAUUGACCCCGAAAGUCUUCUUCCCAAGUUGCCCAGCCCUGAUGAGCUGAAGCCAUUCCCCACUGCCUGUGCAACGAUAUUCCGCGGUCACAAGGGUCGUGUGCGCUCUGUCGCUGUGGACCCGUCUGGUAUUUGGCUGGCAACUGGUGGUGAUGACGGAACGGUGCGUGUUUGGGAGCUUCUCACAGGUCGCCAGCUCUGGAGUGCGACGUUGAGCGAGGAAGAUGCAGUUAAUGUGGUUCGAUGGCGACCGGGCAAGGAUGCGGUCAUUCUUGCCGCUGCCGCGGGUGAUGAGAUCUUCCUUUCAGUGCCCUCCAUUGUCGAGCCGGACGUUGAGAAGACCAGUUUGGAGAUCCUCGACGCCGGUUGGGGAUAUGCGGCAUCUAAUCCUGCCCCCAGCACGGCCGAGGCGAACAAGAAGAGCACACCCCCACAAUGGAUUCGGCCUUCGUCCGCUCUCGUGGACGCCGGUGUGUGCGCAGUCAUUCCUCUUCGCUACGUGCCUAAGUCUAUUUCGUGGCAUCGCCGCGGUGACUACUUCGUCACCGUUUGUUCCGGGGCCUCAACGCCGGCAUCCGUUGCCAUUUCCAUCCACACGCUCUCCAAACACCUGACGCAAUUCCCCUUCCGUCGACGUCUUAAGGGUGGUGGCCCGCCGCAGACGGCGCACUUCCACCCCUCCAAGCCGAUCCUCUUCGUCGCCAAUCAGCGGUCCGUCCGCGCGUACGACCUGUCGCGCCAGCUGCUGGUCAAGAUCCUGCAGCCCGGUGCGCGAUGGAUCUCCUCCUUCGACAUCCACCCGACCUCGUCCAGUGCCUCGGGCGGCGACAACAUCAUUGUUGGCUCGUACGACCGCCGUCUGCUCUGGCACGAUCUCGACCUCUCGCAGCGCCCCUACAAGACACUGCGCUACCAUCGCAAGGCUAUCCGCGCUGUCAAGUUCCACCCCGGUGGCCGCUACCCGCUCUUCGCCGAUGCCAGUGACGAUGGCUCGCUGCAGAUCUUCCAUGGCAGUGUCACAGGCGACAUGCUCAGCAACGCCAGCAUUGUCCCGCUCAAGGUCCUCAAGGGCCACAAGAUCACCGGCGAGCUCGGUGUCUUGGAUGUCGACUGGCACCCACGCGAGGCCUGGUGUGUUAGUGCCGGUGCCGAUGGUACGUGUCGGUUGUGGAUGUGA